AUGAGUAGUCAACCACUAAAAUGUAAAGGCAAAGAAAAUGAAACUUCAAGCGAAUGUCGUUUAUAUAGUGAAUGUGAUAAACUAAGAUAUCAAGAAAAAAAAAAGCAAGAAAGCGCUGAAGAGCGCAACGAACGUCUAGCAAAAGCUCAUGAACAUAUGCGAAAAAAAAGACGAUGUGUUUUAGAGCCUAAUGAACUGGCAAACAGAAUUGUAACUGAAACAGAAGUUCCUGAAAACACACUAAACAUUCAGCAACUAUCAGAAUCUGAUCAUAAGCUUUUAAAAAAAUUUCGUACUGAGAUAAAUAACUUGACGCAUCGCUUUUGUCCUACAUGCAAAGAAUGUUUUCCUUCAAUAACACUCGUUAUGAGAGAAUGUAGACGCUGCUAUUCUGAAAAGGAUGAUAUAAAAAAAUUCUCAGCUGAAAACAACAUGGACCCUGGAGAUGUAUCCAAAGAGCUGAAGUGUCUUACUGAAAUCGAAGAAAUGUUAAUAGCUCAGGUGUUCCCUGUUGUGUCCGUAUAUUACCUGCAUGGGGGUCAGUAUGGUUACCAUGGAAAUUCUGCUAGAAGUCAACAUACAUUCAGAGACUUCACUAUUCGCCGGGCUAAGGUUGAAAAAGCACUUUACUGGCUAAAGACCAAUAAUCACUACUAUAAAAAUAUUAUCAUUGAUGAUAAUGUGCUACAUUUUCUACCUGAUGAUGGUCCUGUUGAUGAUCAGCUUUUACAACUUCAAAAUGAAAAUGAAUUGCAGGACGAUGAGUUUCUGGAUAUGGAAUAUGAUCAUCUAACUAAUGAUACCGGGGAUGUAGUUACACGUAAUUUCGUUCCUACCCCUGCUCCGUCUUUUAACAAAGAAUUUGCUAUUAGUGAUAUGCUUUCACAAAUGCAAACUGAAACUCAUCCAAUUAUGUGGCCAAGGAUAGAAGAAAAUCCUAUUAACGAAUUUAGCAUACCAGGUUAUAUUGCUUGUGCUUUUCCAACCCUAUACCUAACAGGAGAUGCUAACCUUCAUGCAGAGCAUGUAAAAGAUGUCAACCCAGCAGAAUAUUUCAAGCAUUUACUUAAAUAUAAAGGUGGAAGGUUUGCACGUCAUCCUCAAUGGCGUUAUUUUGCGUUAAAUUCGCAAAUGAGAUGGAAGGCGUUGCAAGAAGGGAGAAUCUAUAUAAAGCAGUGUCAAGAUGGCAUACAGCUUAGUGUUGAAGAAAUACAAGAAUUAGCAAAUAGUGAUAGUCAUCUUGCAGAUAAAGUAAUACGCUUCAGUGAAGAUUUGCGUGGAACUCGGCAAUUCUGGAAAAGACGACAUUUUGAAUUGUCAGAUAUGAUCAAGCAGUUAAAGACACAUGGAAUGAUUUUUUUCACCUUUAGUGCUGCUGACUUACAUUGGCCAGAUCUUCAUAACCUUAUGCCGCAUGGUGAAAAUCCAGUAGAUGGAGAGUCGGAACAAGAGGCAUGCAAACGUCGACAUCAAGAUUUAAUAGAUAAUCCUCUUAUCGCUGCCUGGUUUUUUGAAAAGCGAUUCAAAGUUUUUUUAGAAAAAGUCCUUAUCCCUAAGUUGAAGUUGGAGGAUUGGUGGUAUAGGUUCAAAUGGCAGCAUCGUGGCAGUGUUCACAUCCAUGAUAUUAGAAAAAUUAAAGAUGUGCCUGUAUUUGAGUGGGAAAAAAUAAAAAAUAAUGAAAUGGAAAUUAAUACAAUAGUUCAAUACUUUAAUUCAAUAGUUACUAUGAUUAACCCAGGACUCAACGCACCUAUACCAGAACGUCACCCUUGCCAAAAAAGCAGUGAAGAAUUAAAUGACGACUUACAUGAUUACAUUGAGCUUAUUAACAAAUUACAAUGUUAUACACGUUGUGGUUCUUCAUAUUGCCUUAGAACAAAUAAGGAAGGGCAACAACAAUGUCGAUUUGGAUAUCCUAAAGAUAAUAUAGACCAUACCUUUAUUCAUGACAACAAUGGCCAACCAGAGCUCUUUACAGCACGAAAUGAUCCUUAUAUCAAUCCGCAUAACCGUCUUCAGCUUCAAGGAUGGCAUGCAAACGUUGACAUAAAACCUAUUUUGAAUAUCCAUGCCGCUCUACAAUAUGUUGCGAAAUAUGCAAGUAAAUCAGAACCACGUUCUGCCACCUUUUCAGAAUUAUUAAAUAAGAUUCUUCGUGAAAGUAGACCUUCAGAUUCUUCACUUGGUGCUUUUCAGUAUUUAUUACUCCAUACAGUUGCAGAACGUGACAUAUCUGCACAGGAAACAUGCCAUCUCCUCUUUGGUAUUCCACUUUAUCAUUCUAGCUGUUGUUUUGUAACCUUAAAUCUUAAUAAAGAAGCAUUUCGAUGGCUUCGUGGGACCGGUAAUGAGAACUUUGUAACAUUAGGCCAAGUUGGACAAACAGAACAAUCUCCCUUACAACGAUAUUGGAACAGAUCAGUUGAUCUUGAUGAUCUCUCAUUAUUUCAACUUUAUCAAGGAUAUAGGUAUUCUAAUGAGUUUUGCCGAAUAAAGGUCCUACUUCAUGUUCACCACAGAAGUCUUGAACAGUUAACUGAAAACAACUCUGUUUCAUGGUCUGAAUUCUUUAAUCGAAAUCUUGCUGAGAUAGAAAAUGAACUUAAUGAUUUACUUGGCCCAUUUAUUGACAAUUUGGAAGAAAUUGCUUAUGAGGAAGAGAAUAAGCAACUAGAAACUGAUGAAGAUAAAGAUGAAACUCGACCUGUAGAUACAUUUAUACAGCAAGUUCGCAGUAAAGAAGCUCUUAAUGAUGAAAAUUUAGACAACAAUACUAUAGAUUACCAAACCCUGAAUGACAAUCAAAUAAAGAUAUUUAAGAGACUUGAGACAUAUUAUAAUAUUAUUAUUACAGGUAGUAAUAUUGAACCAUUAAGAAUAAUUAUCAUGGGAACUGCGGGCACAGGUAAAUCAUAUCUGAUUAAUGCAAUUCGGCAACUACUUCAAGAGAUGGCAAUAAGGAAUGGUGUUGAAAGCUCCCCUAUAAUUGUGCUUGCACCAACUGGAGUCACAGCUUUCAAUAUUCACGGGACAACGAUUCAUUCAGCACUUUCUAUUCCAAUAAGCGGCACUAAUAUUGAUAUAAAAGGUGAAAGUUUAAAGCAGCUACAAAAAAAAUUGAAUGGUGUAAAAUAUAUAAUAAUUGACGAAAAAAGUAUGAUUGGGUGCUGCAUGCUUGCUUUAAUUGACAUGCGGUUAUGUCAAGCAUUUCCUGAGAAACAGAAUCAACCAUUUGGAGGUCGAUCGAUUAUAUUAGUCAGUGAUUUCGGCCAACUCCCACCAGUGCUUGAUUUGCCUAUGUAUGUGCAAAAUCUUAGUCAUGAUCCCUUAUCAAAUGACGGUAUUACAGCAUACAGGCAGUUUCAGGAGGUCUAUCGACUUGAUAUUAUUCAGUGUCAAGCAGGAGAUUCAGAAGAACAAUGUCACUUUAGAAAUAUUCUAAUGCGUUUACGUGACGGUGAAUCUACUAUUAAUGAUUGGAAAGCACUUAUUGAAGUUGAAGAAAUUAAUAUUAACACGCUAAAGUCAUUGAAUAGUCCUAUUGCUAGAAUUCAUGCUGUUCACACUGGUGGUAAUGAAGCAUCCAAAGCUGAUUCAGAUGUGGCAAAAGGCCUUGAAUCUCAAAUUCUGUUAGCUAGGGGCACUCGUGUUAUGCUUAGGGCAAACCUGUAUGUAGAGGUCGGGUUAGUUAAUGGUGCAAUGGGAACAGUCCACGAUAUAUUAUUUGAAGAAAAUCAAGGACCACCUGCACUUCCUAUUGCAAUUUUUGUAGAAUUCGAUGCUUACAAUAGCCUCGCGAUUAUAUCCACAGAUGAUAAAAGAACUAUCCCAAUCCCACCUAUACGACGCUCAUGGGAUACAAAUACAGGGACUUACUCACGUUUACAAAUCCCCCUCAGCCUUGUCUGGGCCAUCAUGGUACAUAAAAGCCAAGGACUAACACUUACAAAUGCUAGGAUCAGUCUUGGAAAAAAAGAAUAUGCUUGCGGUCUCUCAUUCGUAGCAAUAUCCCAUGUCCGUGCUCUGAAGGAUAUUCUUUUUAAUCCAUUUUCACUUCAAAGGCUUCAAAAAAUAAGGCAAAGUAAGAGAAUGCAAGAAAGGAAAAAUGAGGAGAACCAAUUAAUUUCUAUGAUAACUUAA